CGCGCUAUCGCUGCUGUCCACACUGCUGCUGUUGGAGGCCGAGGCCCCGGGGGCUGACGCGGUGCUGUCGGCGCUGCUGCCCCAUGCCGGGAAGCUGCAGGCAGCGCUGCUGCGGCGUAAGAAGAAGGCUGCGGGUGUGAAGGCGGAGCUGCUCAAGCUGCUGGCAAUCAUCGUGGACCGAGCGUACGGCCGGGAGUACGACAGGGAGGGCCUGGCGGGCCUGUGCCCAAUGGUGCUGGCGCAGACGGCGGUGGAGAAGCUCCCGCAGAGGCACGAAGACAAGGAGGCUAACCUGCCUUCCGGGACUGCACCUGCCGGGGACGUACCGGCAACCACCAGUGCGCCGGUGGAGGUAGCAGGCGCACUGACGGUGGAGGAAGCAGG